AUGAGUUUCUCAGUUAAAAAAACAGGGGGUAGAAUGUGGCAUGAAGCACGAAAACAAGAAAAGAAAAUUCGUGGUAUGCUUGUUGAUUAUCGGAGACGUGCUGAACGUCGUCGUGAUUACUAUGAAAAAAUUAAAUCUGACCCAACACAAUUUCUUCAAUUACACGGAAGACCGUGUAAAAUUCAUUUGGAUGCGGCGAUUGCUGCUGCUGGAGAUAGUCCGGCUAACAUGAUGCCAUGGCAAGGACAUGAUGACAAUUUGAUUGAUAGAUUCGAUGUUAGAGCACAUCUUGAUUGGAUACCAGAGCCACCAAACUCGGUUGACAUUGAUGUACCAUUAACGAGUGAAGAUAGACAUAUUAAUUAUGAACGAUAUCGUAUUAUUGUUCAAAAUGAGUUUUUAGGAGUUACUGAAGAAAAAUUUUUACAUCAAAUUCAUUUAGAAGAACAGUUUGGGUCAUCGACUAAACCCGAAUUUUUAAAAGAUAAGAAGAAAUCAAGUAAUAAUGCUGCUAUUGGUUAUAAUUAUGAGACAGAUGAGCCAAUACAAGAAACUGCUAAACCAGAUUUAAAUUCAGUUGAUGAAAAAGCUGAUGAUGAAGAUAGUGAUAUUGAUUUAGAUAUAUGUGUGGAUGUAUCACAAAUUGAACCAUCUCAGGCACACGAGAUGAAUCAAGUUGCUCAAAAGUAUGGAUUAAUCGGAGCUGACUAUUUUAGUUUUUUAACCCAAGACUUUGAAGAAGCAGAAUCUUUGCGGCAGGCACGUAAACAAGAAGAAGAAAAAGCUAUGUAUUCUGGAAGACGUUCGCGACGCGAACCGCGAGAAAGUCCUGAGUACAAUCCUUAUCGAAAAUCAUCAUCUAAAUCACGUUCACGUUCGAUUUCUCCGCCCAAUACUGGACAGAUUACUUACAUCACAAGUUUUGGUGGUGAAGAAGAAACCCAUGGCAGUAGUUCACAAAUAACACCAUCGAGUACUAAGAAAAUAAACUACUCUCACUUGAGACGAAAAGGAUCAGAAAGCCCGAAUUUUAAUGAAAGAACUAUCAGUCGAAGAUCUGUUAAGUCUAGAUCAAGAAGUCGCUCGAGGUCUAGAAAUAGGUCUGCACGAUUUUAUCGCUCGCGAGACAAACGAAUCAGUCAAGGAGACAACGAUCUAGACCCAGAAGAAGAUCAAGAUCCCGAAGUCGAUUACGUCGUGAUCGAAGCAGGCACCGUAGAAGUGCGAGCACUUCACGCUCACGAUCUCGGUCUCGGUCCCGGUCUCGAUCACGAUCACGUGGUCGUAGAUCAAGAACCUCAUCUUCGAGUAAAUACUCGCGCUCAAGGUCUAAAUCAAAAUCACAUUCUCGUUCGCCGGCCAACCAUCGUAAGAUGCGAUAUUCUAAAUCGAAGUCAAGGUCUAGAUCGAGAUCAAAAUCCCCCGUACUAUGGUCGUCGAGGAAAAUCCUCUAGCUUAGAACUUGAACUUUCCGAUAAUGAAGAUAAAAAUAAUCAUAAUACAGCACUUAAAUCCACGAGUAUUAACACAAACACAAACAAGCCAAAAGCAGGGCUAAGUACAAAUUCUGGUGGCGGACACAAACCGGUAAAAAUUACUCCCCAAGAGCGGCUUAAGAAAAAAAUGCAAACUUUACUGAACCGCCAAUUUAGAGCAGAUAAAAAAGCUGAACAAGCGCGAAUUGAAAAAAUGGAGCAACAAAGACAAGACCGUGAAGAUGAAAUUCGAGAAAUGUCUCUAAAGCUUCGUAGAAAACAAAGAGAAAGACGACAUCGUUAUGAAGGCCAUAGUACGGAUUCACGAUCUUCUGUUUCAAGAUCACCGAGUCCUGGUCGAAGCCCUCGACAUUCAUCUAGUCGGCGUGAUCGAAGAGAUCGUGAUUUACGUGACACAAAAAACGAUAAUGAUAGAGAAAGAGAUAGGGAUAGAGAUAGACGAGAUAGAGAUUCUAGUAGGCAAGAAUCGAGGAGACGUUAUAGAGAUUGUUCGCCUCGUUCUUUAAGUCCCCGUAGUAGUCGAGGCUUGGAUCAAAAUUAUAUACAUUUAGACGUCAAGAUAACAAGACACAUCCGUGCAAUGGUCAUAACAUUUGGAGUUUUAACAAUUAGUGACACAUGUGCAGAUGAUCCUGUUAAAGAUAAAAGCGGAUUAGAAUUACGAAAUCUGAUUGAAAAUGCAGAUAGUGAAAUUAAUAAUGUUUUUAAAGGACAAGUUUUGGAGUAUAAAAUCGUACCGGAUAAUGAAGAUAAAAUAAUGAAAAUACUAAAACAAUGGUCAGAUAAACUGAAAAUAAAUGUUAUUUUAACAACUGGUGGAACGGGAUUUUCUGCAAGAGAUAAUACACCAGAAGCGACUAAAAAAGUUAUUGAAAAAGAAGCCCCCGGGCUUUCAAUUGCUAUGAUAAAUUUUAGUUUAAAAAUCACACCACUAGCUGUGUUAUCAAGAGGUGUUUGUGGUAUUCGUAAAGAAACUCUCAUCAUAAAUCUUCCCGGUUCGCCAAAAGCUGCCAAAGAAAAUUUAUUGGCUAUAGUGAAAACUAUCCCACAUGCUGUUGAUUUAAUUAUAAAUAAUAAAAACAAUGUAAUUAAAACACACGAAGAAGUCCAGAGAGCCAAGAUCAAGCACGAAUGUUCUCAUGUAAACCAUUCCAAUGAUUCAGUAGAAAAUGUCGCCAAUCGUCGUCGUACCUCUCCAUGGCCAAUGAUUUCUAUGGAAGAAGUAGCAGAAAUAUUUAAUAACAUAAGUUGGAAUAAUGAAACUGAAACACUAGACUUGUGGAAAUGUCACGGAAAAAUUUUAAGCAAAGAUAUUUUUUCUCUUUGUGACUUGCCGCCUUUUCCUGCUUCUAUUAAAGACGGAUACGCGGUGAUUGCUAGUGAUGGUGAUGGCUUAAGACAAGUAUUAGGUGGACUAGAGGCUGGAGAUACGCCAGGCUUAGUGAAACUGAGUACCGGUUUUUGUGUUAGAAUAAACACUGGAGCACCGGUACCAGAUAGCGCAAAUGCUGUUGUUCAAGUAGAAGAUACUAAGUUAGUAUCAAAAAAUGAAUUUAAUGAAGAAACAGAAAUAGAAAUUUUGGUUAAACCUUCAGAGGGGCAAGAUAUUCGUCCAAUCGCUAGCGACAUAAGAAAAGAUGAAUUGGUAUUACGUAAAUUUACUAAAAUUGGAGCUGCUGAAUUGGGAAUUUUAGCAAGUUGCGGAUAUUCUAAGGUUCAAGUAACUAAAGUUCCGGUAAUUGGGAUUUUAUCAACUGGAAAUGAACUGCAAACAGCUGGAGAAGUUCCAAAAUCUGGUCAUGUCUACGAUAGUAAUAAAAUUACUCUUAUGAUCGAGAGUGUCAUGAUAAAAAUUAUCCGUGAUGCUUUGGACAAAGUGGAUGUUCUUAUAACCACAGGUUCUUUGUCGAUGGGUGACCGUGAUUUAGUUAAGCCAAUUUUAACUCAAGUUUUUGGAGCUAAAAUACACUUUGGAAGAGUUAAUAUGAAGCCAGGAAAACCUACGACAUUUGCAACUUGUGUUUAUAAUAAUAUAAAUAAGUAUAUCGUAUGCUUGCCAGGCAAUCCGGUUUCGGCAACAGUCACAGCACAUCUAUUUGCCAUUCCUUUGAUUAACAGAUUGUCUGGUAAUUAUUCAAAGCCAACGAUCGUUCAAGCUCAAGUUUCUUCUUCAUAUAGACUUGAUCCUCGGCCAGAGUACGCGCGAGUUAUUUUACAGUGGUCAGAUCCAGAAAAAAUUCCAGUGACUUAUAGCACUGGUAAUCAAAUAAGUAGCAAAUUACUCAGUUGCAAACAUGCUAAUGCAUUACUCAUGCUACCUGGACAAACUGAUGAACGCAAAAAUGUCAAAGAAGGCGAGUCUGUACCAGCAAUGCUUCUUGGCUUCGAUCAAAUCGAUUUUUAA